CCGCCCCCCGUGUCCCCUCCCCGCCGGCCGUGACCUUGGCAUCCGCCAGCCCCGUGGCCAGCAGCGCCGGGAUGCGCUAGGCGGCGGAUCGCAGCGGGAAUAUUCCUCCUGGGAGAAGGAGAGCGGCAACCUCCUCCCGCGGCAGGAAAAGCGGAUUUAAGGAGCAUCUUUGGCCCUUUGUUGGAUGAGAAGGACGGGGAAGGAGCGGCAGGAUGAGCACUAGCAUUCCCUACCAGCAGAACCCCUACACCCCCGGGAGCAGCUCCUCUGCCAUCCAGUGCUACCGCUGUGGGGACACCUGCAAGGGCGAGGUCGUGCGUGUGCAGAGCAACCACUUCCACAUCCGCUGCUUCACCUGCCAAGUGUGCGGCUGCGACCUGGCCCAGUCGGGUUUUUUCUUCAAGAACCAGGAGUACAUCUGCACCCACGACUACCAGCAGCUCUACGGGACCCGCUGUGACAGCUGUGGGGACUUCAUCACCGGCGAGGUCAUCUCUGCCCUGGGCAGGACCUACCACCCCAAGUGCUUCGUCUGCAGCACCUGCAGGAAGCCGUUCCCCAUCGGAGACAAGGUGACGUUCAGCGGGAAGGACUGCGUCUGCCAGAACUGCUCCCAGUCCCUGCUCAGCACCAAGCCCAUCAAGAUCCACGGGCCCAGCCACUGUGCUGGCUGCAAGGAGGAGAUCAAGCAGGGCCAGUCCCUGCUGGCCCUGGAGAAGCAGUGGCACGUCAGCUGCUUCAAGUGCCAAACGUGCGGGAUCAUCCUGACCGGCGAGUACAUCAGCAAGGAUGGCAUCCCCUACUGUGAGUCCGACUACCACGCCCAGUUCGGCAUCAAGUGCGAGACCUGUGACCGCUACAUCAGCGGCCGUGUCCUGGAGGCAGGAGGGAAGCACUACCACCCCACCUGUGCCAGAUGUGUGCGCUGCCACCAGAUGUUCACAGAGGGAGAGGAGAUGUACCUGACAGGCUCUGAAGUGUGGCACCCCAUCUGCAAGCAGGCAGCCAGAGCAGAGAAGAAGCUGAAGCACAGGAGGACGUCGGAAACCUCCAUCUCCCCCCCUGGCUCCAGCAUCGGCUCCCCAAACCGAGUCAUCUGCGCUAAAGUGGAUAAUGAGAUCCUUAAUUACAAAGACCUGGCAGCUCUUCCCAAGAUUAAAGCCAUCUAUGAAGUGCAGCGUCCUGACCUCAUUUCCUACGAGCCCUAUCACAGAUACACGUCGGAUGAGACGCUGGAGAGAUAUAGCUAUGGGGAGUCCCUGGGGACCCUCUCCCCAUACUCACAGGACAUCUAUGAGAGCUUUGACACGCGGCAGAGACGAGCCUCCAGCCCUGGCUACAUUGACUCCCCCACCUACAGCCGCCAGGGCAUGUCCCCCACCAUGCCCAGGUCCCCCCACCACUUCUACCGCUCAGGCACCGAGAGCGGGCGCAGCUCGCCCUACUAUAGCCAGUUAGAUGUGAGGUCCUCCACUCCAACCUCUUACCAGGCACCCAAGCAUUUCCACAUCCCAGCUGCUGGUGAGAGUAACAUCUACAGGAAGCCCCCGAUCUACAAGCGCCACGACAACCCCUCUGCAGCCACCAAAAGCAAAACCAGCGAGGACAUCGCUCAGUCAUCCAAGUACAGCCCUGCCUACUCCCCAGACCCCUACUACCACUCUGAGUCCGAGUACUGGUCCUUCCAAGGCUCCCCCAAAGCUCCCCGGGCCCGCAGGUUCUCGUCAGGGGGCGAGGAGGAUGGCUACGACCGCGGCAUGCACAAGAUCCAGAGUGGCAUCGGGAGGCUGAUCCUGAGGGAGGAGAUGAAGGCUCGCUCCAACUCCUACGCAGACCCCUGGACACCCCCCCGCAGCUCGGCCAGCAGCAGAGAGGCCCUGCACACGCUGGGCUACGAGGGCUCCCUCAAUGGCUCUCCCCGAACCCACUACCUGGCUGACAGCGAUCCCCUCAUUUCCAAGUCAGCCUCCCUUCCUGCCUACAGGAGGAACGGGCUGCACAGGCCUCCCAGCGCCGAGCUCUUCCACUACGACAGCACCAACGCCGUCAACUGGGGGAUGCGAGAGUACAAGAUUUACCCCUACGAGCUGCUCCUGGUGAAGACGAGGGGGAGGAACCAGCUGCCCAAAGACGUGGACAGGACUCGGUUGGAGAGACACCUGUCCCAGGAGGAAUUCUACCAGAUCUUCGGGAUGACCAUGGCCGAGUUCGACCGCCUGGCGCUGUGGAAGAGGAACGAGCUGAAGAAGCAGGCCCGGCUGUUUUAAAUGCAGUGCACUAUAAAUAUAUACAUACCUAUAAAUAUAUACAUAGAGAGAUCUCUACACGGCAGCCCUGUAUGAUUCUCGGGGCUGUGCGGGGCACAGGGGCCCUCUCCGCCCCCCUGAGAGUGAAUUGGAGUCUUGCAGAUGGUUUGGUGCUCUGUGUUUCCUUUCCUUGUCCAGCCUGGUUUCUGUGUCCAUGCCUGGGUUCUCCCCACGCUUGGUGUCUGUCACUGCUGCCCCACAGGGACACGAGGGAAGGGGAGGAUUUUCCUGGGACUGGCAGAGAGCAGGGGUUUGGGAUAGGGGUGUCCCAUCCCCUUCUGCUCAGCUAGGAUGGAGUAGAGGUGGAGAAAGCCCUGGGCACAAUGGCAGCAAAGUGGGAUCUCACUCCAGGCUCCUUAAAUCCAUCCCUGCCUUUACAGUGCCGGGAUGGAGGGAACUUCAGGAUCUGAAAUGCACAGUCUGGGGAAGGGGAUAGAAGUGGUGGGGACCCCACGAGGCCAAGGUGUGACCCUGAGUCCCAAUUCCCCCUGGGCUGGUGGCUUUCCCUGCAAAGCCUGGGCUGCUCCAGAUCCAGUUUACCCUCCCAAGGUGCCAGAACAGCCACUUUCCAUCCCCAAACCCAGCCCUUCCUAAGUGGGACAGCCAAAGCCACCUCCUGCCUUGUGCAGCUCCUUGCUGCUCUUCAGGUUUGUCCAGGGCUGAAAAUUCCAGCAUGUUCCAGCUGGGAGCUGGGGGAAGGCCAGAGGAGAGGAGUGGGAAAUGCAGGUCCCACUGCCUGCUGCCCCUCUCCUGGGUUGUCCUGAAUUCCCCAUCAGCUGCCUGAGUCCCUGAUGAAUCCCUCUGGGAAUGAAGGCAAUCCCCUCCAUGCAAACUCA